AUGCUCGGAGACAUCAAGCGCCGGCAAAGCUCGACUAGAGCUUCCACUGGCCCGGUGGCGCCUUUCAGCCCCUUACUAAACGUGCAGCCGUUGCGGGCGGUCGCCCCGGUAGCGGUUGUCCAAAACUCUCCCACAGACUCCGACAAUGAACAGUUUCUCUCUUCCAAUUUGUCCCCGAAGGCUGCCACUGCGCCUCCGGCGAUGUGGGACUUUGAGGAGAUCAAUAGGCUAAGGAGGGAGAAUUCGAAGCUGAGAGGGGAAUUAAACAUGCGGGACUAUGAGGAGGAGAGGCUGAAAAGAGAAAAUUCGAAGCUGAGACAGGAAUUAUACCAGCUGAAGGACAAUCUAUACAGCCUGUCAGGCUACGCGGCGAAUCCAGGCGAGGCCCCAGAAGACGGCGUGCAUAAGUGA